UGGGAAGCUGGAUAUCGCGCUCUGUAACAAAUGCCCUUACUAGAGCUUUAAUAGCCUUCUUUUAUUGAGAAUCUGUCUGUUAAGUAAAUCUUUUCCAAGUGAGUGCCAUAUAGGUAUUUAUAUAAACGGAUUAAGCUUUCAUCGUGGGAAAAGAUGCUUGCUGGACUACGUAGGAAGUUGGGCGUUUUUCUUGUGGACGAUCGUUCGCGCUUAGCCUUUUCAACACUUCGUUUACUUAGAAAGGCUUUUUCAUGUAGCGACAGCAUCUAGUAUAGCAAAAUGUCUAAGAGAAACAGUGUGGUGAUGCUGCGGCCGCGGUCCAUGUCGCAGGGUAAAAAAGCGGAGACGGUGAAGGUGGUGGUUCGGUGCCGCCCUCUAAACAAGAAAGAGGAGGCGAUGAGUCAUAAAAGGAUUGUUGAAGUGGAUGUAAAACUGGGCCAGGUAAGCGUCCGGAACCCUAAAGCGGCAGGAACCCUGAACAAGACGUUCACUUUUGACUCUGUCUAUGAUAUGUUUUCAAAACAAAACGACCUGUACGAUUACUCGUGCAAACCUCUCAUCGACUCUGUGCUACUCGGGUUUAAUGGAACGAUAUUUGCCUAUGGUCAAACUGGUACCGGGAAGACAUAUACCAUGCAAGGUCUGUCCAUGGAUCCAGAAAAACGGGGGGUCAUACCAAAUUCUUUUCACCAUAUUUUCACCCAUAUAUCCAGAUCCCAGAACCAGCAGUACUUGGUGAGGGUGUCAUAUCUGGAGAUAUAUCAAGACGAGAUACGGGAUCUCCUUUGCAAGGACAAUAAUAAAAAAAUGGAGCUUAAGGAGAAUCCAGACGUGGGCGUUUAUGUCAAAGACCUGUCAUCUGUUGUCACCAAGAACAUCAAGGAAAUCGAACAUGUGAUGAAUUUGGGAAAUCAGUCCAGGUCUGUUGGGUUUACGAAAAUGAAUGAGCGCAGCUCACGUUCGCAUGCCAUUUUUGUUAUAACCAUCGAAUGCAGCGAGAUGGGCAUUGAUGGCAAGGAGCACAUUCGGGUUGGGAAGUUAAACAUGGUGGACCUGGCUGGCACUGAACGCCAAAGCAAGACAGGCGCCCAGGGCCAGAGAUUUAAAGAAGCUGCCAAAAUAAACUUGUCUCUCUGUGCUCUUGGAAAUGUUAUAUCAGCACUGGUAGAUGGGAAAAAUUCUCACAUCCCAUACAGGGAUUCCAAACUUACACGCCUGCUACAGGACUCUUUAGGAGGGAACUCUAAGACUGUCAUAGUGGCUACAAUAGGACCUACAUCAUGUCACUAUGAAGAAACUCUUGCCACCUUGAGGUUUGCAAACAGAGCAAAAAAUAUCAAAAACAGGCCAAAGAUCAACGAGGAUCCCAAAGAUGCGUUGCUCCGUGAGUUCCAAGAAGAAAUAGCACGUCUAAAGGCGCAGCUAGAGGAACGAGGUAUGUUGGCAAAAGAAAGGAGGAGACGGAGGAACAGUGUAAAGAUGAGGAGAAGCAUGAGUAGUGGAGAGGUGGAGACACCUAGAAACUGUGAGGUGGACAUUGUGGAGAUGGUGAAGGAGGAGAGACCAGAGGAAUACUGGUGGAAGCAGCAGAUGGCUAAGAGCUUUGCCAAUGACAGCCCGGAGUUUCAGAGGAAAUUGGGCGUAUUGGAUGAAAAGUCGCAGACUGUGGAGGAUUUGAUGAAGGAACAACAGAUUAUGGGAAUAAUGAUAGAAAAAUACAAGGUCUUGGAAAGCAAGCUGCUGAUUGGAGGCAAGAACAUCAUUGACCACACCAAUGAGCAGCAGAGAAUGCUAGAGAUAAAGAGACAGGAGAUUGCAGAGCAGGAGAGACAAGAGAGGGAGAUGCAGCAGCUGAUGUUUGAGCAGGAUGAGGAGACAGUGGAACUGAAAGAAACCUACUCAACUCUACAUCAGGAGGUGGAGCUCAAAACCAAAAAGCUUAAGAAGCUGUACAGCAAACUGCAGUUAGUACGAGCUGAGAUUGCUGACAUCAUCGAUGAACAUGUCACAACGAGACAGGAGCUGGAGCAGACAUUAAAUGAGCUGACAAGAGAAAUGAAAUUCAAGAAUCUCAUCAUUGACAAUUUUAUUCCUCCUGAGGAGAAAAACAAGAUCAUAAACCGACUCCAAUUUGACAGUGAGGAAGACCAGUGGAAAGUCUUACCCCUUCUUCCCUCUGAAAACAAUUCUCCUCGCAUUAGACAAAGGCCAACGUCUGCAGUCGGAUACAAGAGGCCAAUCAGCCAAUAUGCACAAGUUGCUGUGGCAACAGGAUCUCCUUCUAGAUACAGGGCAGAAAAUAUCAUGCUUCUGGAGCUAGAUAUGACAUCACCAACUAUGGUACCACUGGACAUUCAAGGGGCAGAGAUGAGGACAAGAAAUCUGCUCUGUGAUUUUGCACAGCACAGGCAAAUGACAACAGCAUCACGCGUCAUGCGGGCCAGAUCAUGGUAUCAAGGACCAAGUCUGCACACUUCUUCAUCAACCAGCUCAGUGGCUGCUGGGUCUCAGGUCCCAAUUUCUGCCAUGGGGGCAUGUGCCAGUGUGCUUCAACCAUGAAGGGUUUUAAAUAUGGUGCUUUUGCCAUGGUGUACAUGCAGGAAAAGCACCACAAGAUUUGUUUGGCUUUUUUUUUUUACCCGCUUAAUCGUGAGAUCAAGCUGCCUUUUCUUGUUGCACAAUAAUUUUUUAUCAGAGCUUUGAAUCAACAAAUUAAGCACAGUUUGCUCUUAUUUGUCUACAUGUGUAUUGUAUAGUCCUUUAAUGUAUUACCUGAAUACAAUCAGUGGCAACAGUAAAUGGAUAUGUUGCAUGAUAAACAAAUGACUUGCAGUCUCAUGAUGCUUACAAGUUAAAUGGCAUAAUAAUCUAAGCACUGAUGAGGAUUUCCUGCAUCUUUACUGACCUCUAAAGGACACAAGGAUACAAGACAUUUCACUUUAACACAUAUAGCACGUCAAGUCAAAUCCAUUGAGCUAUUCUCAGAAAAAAGUGUGAUAAAUGUAUACCCAAUGUUUUUUUAAGGACCUAAAAUACCAAAGGAAAUUAAAUCAACAUUUGAGAAAACCCCACCAAUGAGAAAAGCUCUUAGAAAAAGCAUUUACACCAUCUUUACAUUGAACCACAUUU